UUUGAACUUAAAAUUUGAAAAUGGAUAAGUAUAGGAAAAUAAAGAGAAUUGGAAUUGGAUCCUUUGGCCAAGCCCUCCUAGUCCAAAGCAUUGUAGAUAGGAAAUGCUAUGUAAUGAAGGUCAUAAAUGUUGGAAACAUGGACAAAAAGCAAAAACAAGAUGCACUCAAUGAGGUACGCGUGCUCAAAGCCAUGAGACAUCCAUACAUCAUUACUUACCGGGAAUCGUUCAUGGACAAAAAGUUUCUCUGCAUUGUCAUGGAUUAUGCUGAUGGUGGUGAUAUGUACAAAUAAAAUUGAAUUCCAAAAGAAUGUGUCCAAGCUCAUGCCCGAGAACCAACUCUUAGAUUGGUUUGUCCAAAUGGCAUUAGCAAUUAAGCAUAUUCACGAUAACAAAAUUUUGCAUAGAGAUUUAAAAACUCAAAAUAUAUUUAUGACAUCAAAUCAGGAAAUCAAGAUAGGUGAUUUUGGUAUUGCGAGAGUAUUGCAGCAUACCUAUGACUGUGCCAAGACAGCAAUUGGAACUCCUUACUAUCUCUCACCAGAGAUCUGACAGGAAAUGCCAUAUAAUCAAAAAUCUGAUGUGUGGAGUCUUGGUUGUAUUCUAUAUGAAAUGGUUACUUUAAGGCAUGCGUUUGAUUCGAAUAGCAUGAAAGGACUUGUCUUAAAAAUCCUUAGAGGUACAUACCCUGAGAUCCCUUCGCACUACUCACAAGACCUCAAAGACUUGAUUUCAGAAAUGUUGAUAAAAGAUCCUGCGAGGAGACCAUCAAUCCGGAAAGUUGUAGAAAAGCCGUUCCUCUCCUCUCGAAUUUCCACAUUGCUCUCAAACACAAUCACUAAGCACGAGUUUCUCCAAGAUGAUGAGGACGAAGGAAAGACAGCCAAGAAAAGCUCCAAGAAGAUCCUCAGGAAGAAGCUCCCUCACCCUGAAAGCGCCUUCGGUAAGAGAUCUGAAGAGGAGAAAAGCGAGGUCUCCAUCAUGGAAGGAAAGGAGAAAAUGCUUCUAGUCAAAGACUCUGAGAAGAAGAGUCAAGGAUUUAAGAGUUACCUCAAAUAUAAAGCUUCACAAAAAUCUUCCAAAAUAGACAAGUACGAGGACUCUAAAGACUCCUCAGACGAACAUAAAGAAAUAGAUGAAGGAUAUGAAGAGCCAAUCAAUGAGAGAACGAUACAGAAAUUCUUGCAAAAUUUACCAGGAGUCCAAGCCACUGAUUCUCAGACCUACAGAAUCGAAGCUCUAAGGGUCUACCUUGAGGAUAACCUUGGAGAGACAACCUUCAUAGCAGCCUAUAAGCAUUACAUAAAUGUUUCUGAAUUUAAUGAAGAUGUCGACUCUGAAAUCGAAACAAUUUUGGGUAAGAAAAAGAUGCAGUUCUUCCCUCUGAUCUAUCAGCUUAUUGUCUGUGAAGAUUCCCUAAAGGAUUAAGGUUAGCUAAUUUCCUGUAAAUUUCACAUA